AUACAGACACAAAAGUGAAGCACAAAAACGAGAGAGAGAACCGAGAAAGAAUGGGAUAACCUUCUCUCCUCUUCAUCCCCACCAAAAGCCCUAAUUGCAGCUAUUGCCACUCUUUCUCAGAUCAGUUUUUCAGGAGAAAGAGGAGGAAGAACGAGGUGGAGCAAAGGGGAGAUGGGACACGUGUCGAAUCUGAAGAGAAUUCAGGAAACUCUAGACAAGGAUGCCCAUCCCUUCAAAUCCAAGGACGCUUUCCCUUCCGUCCCUAACCCUCAUAAUAUCAGCAAGUGUUCUGAUGCAGAGGAAUCGGAAACAGACACCGAGGAGUCAGAUGUUAGUGGGUCCGAUGACGACGACACAUGUUGGAUUUCAUGGUUUUGCAAUCUGCGUGGGAACGAGUUUUUUUGCGAGGUUGAUGAUGACUACAUCCAGGAUGAUUUCAAUUUGUGUGGAUUGAGCGGUCAAAUACCAUAUUAUGACUAUGCGCUGGAUUUAAUCCUGGAUGUUGAAUCUUCACUUGGUGAUUCAUUUACAGAGGAACAGAAUGAAUUAGUAGAAUCCGCUGCUGAGAUGCUGUAUGGUCUGAUACAUGUCCGCUACAUAUUAACAACUAAAGGACUGGCUGCAAUGCUGGAGAAGUACAAGAAUGCGGAGUUUGGAAGAUGUCCAAGGGUUUACUGCUGUGGACAACCUUGCCUCCCUGUUGGUGAAUCGGACAUUCCGCGUCAAGGCACAGUGAAAAUAUACUGUCCCAAGUGUGAAGAUAUCUACACUCCUCGAUCCAGGUUCCAGGACAGCAUCGAUGGUGCCUAUUUCGGCACUACAUUUCCCCACCUGUUUCUGAUGACGUAUGCACACCUAAAGCCACAGAAGACUUCUCAGAGCUAUGUUCCCCGAGUAUUUGGUUUCAAAGUCCAUAAGCCAUGAUGCUGCCGCUGCUACUGCAAUGGUACGUACUUGAAUUGAACUUCUUUUAUUAAGCAUAUAAGCUAUUUUGACUCUCUUCUAGAGUUAAACUUUCAGUUGAAUAUGUUUUUUAAAGCCCAGAUAAAAUUGCUUGGUAGGUUUGUAAUUCGAAUAUGCUUAACAUCAAGCAAUUACAUAUAUGUCAUUUGGAUGGUGCCUUUAUAUUCUCUCUUGAUAAUGCAUACAGUUCUUCUCUUAUAUCCUA